AUGGCUGACGCUGGGCCCAGUUCGCCUCUGGCAGCCCGCUCCGAGGCCAAGAUCGCUUCCUUCGUCAAGGGCACACCAACUCAAGCUCCUCCUUUUGUCGCUUCCUUGGCUGUGAGUGAAGGUCAAGGACGCACAGAAGCGCAGCAGUCUCGCGGCAAAGCUCAUUCCUCGCUCCUCAAAUUGCGCAUCGUAUCGAACCGCAAAUGGUCAUUCGUUCCUAUCUGCGUGUGCGGCAAGGGUGGGGCAUUAGCGGGUCUGUCUGUCGACCUGCUCUUCUAUCCCAUCGAUACCAUAAAGACGCGCUUGCAAGCGAAAGGUGGCUUCCUGCAAGCUGGAGGAUUCAAGGGAGUGUACAGAGGAAUCGGCAGCGUAGCUGUGGGAAGCGCUCCGGGAGGUGAGUGUCAUGCGAGCGCUGCUGCUCUGCGGUACUGUUUGUAAGAGGAGAGCCGGACGAGAGCGAUCUCCUCUGUAUCAGACCAGCUUCAAGAAAGCCGAGAUGGAGUUGGUCGAUGAAAAGAGGUGCUGAGUCAAAAUCACGGGCUUGCCAUUGCCGCUGCCAUCGAUCCGACCUCCAGCUGCGCUCUUCUUUGUCGCCUACGAAUCGCUCAAGCCGGCGCUGGCCCCGCUGUUCGGAGAAGGUGCUUCAUCGCACAUGCUGGCGGGAAGUUUGGGAGAGGUGGUGAGUGCAUACAUGCGCCUUUGGUCCACAUUGAUCACGAUUCCCUGACUCGCCGCUCGUCUGGCCGAACCAGGCAGCAUGCUUGAUACGCGUUCCUACAGAAGUGAUCAAGUCUCGGCAGCAGACGUCCUCGUAUGGAGCUUCUGCAUCGAGCGCCAAUGCUCUGCGAGCGGUGAUUGCAGAGAGCGGCUUGCGCGGUCUGUACAGAGGCUUUGCCGGUACCGUAGGGCGAGAAGUGAGUUCAAGCAUUUACAACGUGAAGCUCUUCGGAGAUAGAGAUACGCAAUGGCCCAGUGUACCGCUCAGACACGUUUCUCUGAUUUCCGACCAGAUUCCCUUCACGUGCAUUCAAUUUCCCUUGUACGAAGCGUUGAAGCAACGGAUAGCCCGGUCAAAUGCGUUGCGCUCAGGCCAGCGGGACAGCUCUGUAUCUGAAAGCCAUGCCACUCUUGCGAUCCCAACCUCGGCUGCAGACCUUCCUACCUGGCAAGCUGGCCUUGCUGGAUCUGCAGCGGGAGGAAUCGCAGCUGCUAGCACCACGCCGCUAGACGUUGUCAAGACUCGGAUCAUGCUCGAAAGGGUGCGUGUGAGGCUUGUAUCUUGAUCACGCAUGGGCAGACCAGAGCGCUGAUCCCUUCAUCUACAUCCCUGCUCGUGCUCGAGUAGCGAUCGACAACACAGGCGACGGAGCCCGCAAAAUCCUCCGCUCCAGCUCUCAAAGCUUCCGGAGUCAACUCGCGUAUCAUACCCACCUUGCUACACGUGGCACGGACAGAGGGCCUAGCUGCCCUCUUUGCCGGAGUUGUGCCCAGAACGCUGUGGAUCAGCGGGGGAGGCUUUGUGUUCCUCGGUACUGCGCACUUCACCAUUAGUGCUCUUGGUAAAGCGCCUUUGCCGUGA